AUGGCUUCGAUUGAAUUAAAUCAAUAUAAAGAUGUAAUGUUUCCUAAUCUUGAUGUUUCGCAAAAGGCCAUUGUUGAUAUACUUGAAGCUUUUCGACAUUUAAAAGAAUCACAUAUCAAAAUUUCUGGCAGGAAUAAUGAUGUCAAGAAAUUAGAUAAGUCAAGUAGUAAGUUUAAUGAUUUGGUUGUUAGAAUAGCCAAAGGGUCUUUAAAAAAGUCAAUGGAUUUGGAGGAUUUCACAGAAUACUUUAAGAUGCUUACAGAAGAUAAUGUUACUUCCAAUGAUUUGUUGCAAACAUUAUUAGUACUAAAUGAUAUGGCAAAGCAGAGAAUUAGUGACUCUGAGGAAUUAAAAAAUGACUUUGAACAAUUUAAAACAUCCAUCGCUGAAAACAUUAGUCAAUCACCGAAAAGUUUUGGUGAUAGUGAUGUGGGGCUAGUACAACGAAAUCAAUUAUUACAAAUUACAGAUGGUAGCCAACCUCCAAAUUUUCUGAAUGCAUUAGCUCAAUUUUUACCAGAAGUUUUUAUGCUUGUAUUCACCCCUGUCUCAACAUAUUCUUUGCUAUCCUGGAUUUUACCAGAAAUGGAUUUUUUAAAAAAUAUUAUUGUUCUUGUCGUCACUUUUGGAUAUUGUGCUUAUUACCAUAAAAGAUUAUCUAGGAAAUGGAACCAUUUAACUGGACUUAAUAGGAAGAACAGCAUCACUAUAAUAAAUGAUGAAAGGGAACAAAAAAAAAUUCGGAAAUAUGAAGAAAAAAUAUCAACAAAAUUGCCAGUAAUUUUAACACAUUUAGAGACAUUGAUACAAUUUUGGAAGCAACAAUAUGAUAUUUUUGAGUCGCAUAUCAAUGCAUUGCGAUCGAUGGAUGGAAAUGUGAAUCUUAGUUUACCUAAAAAUUUAACAGCUGGAAUCAUUGAGAGGUGUACAGCUGAAGAGAUCAACUGCAAAGAAUUUCAUCAGAUGUUAAAUGAUAGUGCUUUUAAAAAUUCUUUUAUACGUUUAGAUUAA